UCCAUUUAACAGAAGCCUUAGUGUACUCAGCUACAGAGCAAGAGGGAAACAAAGGAGAUGUUUAGCUAGAAAACCAAGCAAAGAUUCAAAAUAUCGAUUAUAAAAGCUGAAACUGAGCGGUUUGGAGCGCUGCGGUUCACUGCAUUAUCACAGUAAGUGAUUUCUAUGCAGGAGCCAGUUAGUGAGGUGUUUGUCUCUUGUUAUAAACAUCAUCAUGUCUGGAGACCUGGAUCUCUCCCCUCCAGAGGUUCCCGAGCCCACCCUUUUCGAGAAUCUCCUACGCUAUGGCCUUUUUCUUGGAGCUAUUUUCCAGCUCGUCUGCAUUUUAGCCAUAAUUAUACCCACAUCCAAAAGCCAUGAACAGGAAGAGACUGCAGAGCCAUCUGACACCAAAGGUUCUGAGCAGAGCAAAAAGCCAAAGGCAGCUAUACAGCAGAUGCGACAGAAACCAAAAAAGGAGAGCAAGAAGAAGCGAUAAGGUUCUCGAGUUUGGAUAUGAGUGUGCCAGCAAGUGUGAGAGUGAAUGUUAGAAGAGUUGUAGGUUGUAGGUGCUGUCACUCCGAAACCAUCAUCAUGGACUCCCAACACUAAACGCUAAACACUUUCCAUGUGAAAAGUCUCAUAUUUAAAGAAGUGUGCUGGUGGUAGUCAUUUACCAUAGAACAUUUUUUUUUUACAUUACUUACAAAUCGUCUUACAACACUUACAAAUUUACUAGGUCUUUUGGUCUUUUGUAAUAGUAGUUUUUUAUUUCUAUUGUACUAUAUUGAACCUUUUUUUCCUCUUUUUGUACCUAAAUUGUACUCAUCGGAUAUAUAUAUAUAUAUAUAUAUAAACCGAUCAUAGGCCCAUUCCCUUCCAUUCCCCUUUAGUAAUCUGAUCUUGUCUAUAUAUAGCUGUGGAAAGCUUAUCUGUAAGUUAAUCAUUGCCUUCAUUGCUCCGCUUUCAGCAACAUUUCAUUAACUUGUAAUACAAGUCCCUCCAAUAAGUGACCCUCAUAAGAGAGGGACUGUUUGAAAACCGCACAUUCUGUAAUUACUAAAACACAUAGCAGCUGUAAUCAGGAAAUACUGUACAUCAUCUUAGGAACACAAUAUUAAUUUUCUAGACUUUCUACAACAUUCAUGCUGGUUCUCUGUAGUUGUCAGUUUUCUUUCAGUCUACAGGAAACACCGAAUAUACAUUGUAGACACAGUUGUAUUUCUUUAUUAUAGUGAAUUUAAUAUGAAUGUACAGUCAUAAAUACAUAUUCAUAAAAAGAAGACGCUUCAUAAGAAUUAUUAAAUGAGAACAUCUGUGAUAUAAAAAUAUCAGGAGAAAAAAGACUAAUAGAUUGAUAUUGCUCAACAUUUUGUACUUUCUCUCACAAAUUAGAACAGUAAUAGGUUUUAAAGGACCAACAAGUAACCUUUUCAGUUAAAAUCUAAUAAACAGCAUCUUUGUAUGUUGGCUGAAAAACAAAUCUUUUAACAGUAGUUUAUACCUGAGGAUAAAGGUAAUGUGCAUUCUCUGACACUUUACUAGUUAUUUGACCAUCAGUAAUAAUCAUCACUAAAGCAUUACAGGACAUUACUUACAGCUCCUUUAAAAACCUGGAUAUGAAAUAAAGAACUUUGUACACACAUCAAGGCUGAAAGGGUGUCUUCAGAAGAUGCUGUGGUUCUUAUUGGAAGAAGCUGAUUUUCUGCGUCGCCCAUCACUGUUCACUGGUGUGGACAGUCAGAUCUUUUCUGAUCACUUCAUUCACUGUGAGAACAGAAGAGAAACUUCAUUUUAGGGAUGACAUAUGCAAAUGUUUACAUACUCUAUGGUGAAAUAAGGCUGUUCUAGGACCUGCAGAGUUCAAGCUACUGCGUACAGCAAAUGAAAAUUCCAGAAGGUUAAGAUGUUGCUGUGAUAUACAGGCUUCUGCCAGAGUAGUGAGUGUGAAAUGCGCAGUCAGUGGUACUGCAGUACGGGCCCCGCCUAGAUGAGAAUUGUGCAUUAGUUCAUCACUAGGGGGCAGUAUUGUUCAUCAUCUGGCAAUCUCUAAUGCUUUAUUUGGCUUUGCUUCCUGUUGUUGAACAAGAGUGGGCUAAAAUUGGAAACUUUUCUCCCUCUCCAGUCUAAUUUUAGAUCAAGGUGGCUGUUACAGGUAGCACUGGGCCUUAAAUAGAAGGCAAAGUGCUGCAGUGACACUUCAACUCCUACGAUAGUCACCGCAGCAUCACUGUAGUGUAGAUGAGACAGUGGGACCAUCCGACACAUCAAAUGGUAAACAUAAUGUCAGUUAUUACUCAUCAUACUUAAUGCUGGUUAAUAGUCAAGUUGGGAUCCCAGUUUAUAUACUGAACUUCAAAUUGAGCAAUAAACUCUGAUUUCCUUCAUUAAACGACCCAUAUCCUGCA